AUGACCUCUUGGAAUUCCACUGGGGUUGAGCUGUUUGAAUCUGUGGUGGCGCUCACACCCAGGCCUGGUGGAAAGUGGGUGUCUGAAUCCUGUAGACCCAAACCUGGAGAGCUGCUCGUGGUUUAUGCCUUGGGCACUGCACAGGGAAAGACCCUGCUGGAGCUGGAAUAUCUGGUGGUGGUGGACGUGGUGAGCCCCAAACCCCUGCAGCAGGGAAAUCGCAGCAGGUAUAUCAUGUUCCUUCUCUUGGGACUUUCCAGUGUCAGAGGAGCAGAGGUGACCCUCUGCCUAUGCUUCUCACUCAUUUCCCUGGUUAUUGUCACUCUUGUCUUUCUGGAUGCCCACCUUCACUCCCCCGUGUAUUUCUUCCUGGCCGCACAUCUGCUGCUGGACAUCUGCUCCCUCCUGCACGUCUGCUGCUGCUCUGUCACCCUCCCUAAGAUCCUUGGAGAUGCCUUCUCACCACAGAAGACUAUUUCUUUCGUGGUCUGCAUCACUCAGACCUACUUCUUGCCCUGCUUUGGGGGCUCUGAGUUGCUGGAUGCCAUGGCCCAUGGCUGGCACCUGGCCAUCUGCCACCCCCUGCACUACACAGCACUGAUGAGCAAGGGGAUGUGUCACUGCUUGGUACUGAGCAGCUCCUUCUCGUCCCUGAUCCAGGCUUGCCUCACAGCCUGCUUGUCCUUCUGCGGGUUCGACAUGAGCAGCCACUUGUUCUG